CGCUGUUUCCGGACUAGGCUUCGCAAAUAAAAGAACUUGUUUGCAAUACGUAACCUUUGACUCCGUUACUUCCGAUCUGGCAUAAAAGGGAAAAUUGAGAAGAGGAGAAAAUAACAGUUGAGGCGUGAUUUUGGGCAGGCUGGGAUCGCGCUCAGCCGUCAUUCGAUUGCAACAUCUAAAACAGUUCAGACAAAAUACAAGAGAACACGGAUUAUUACCUAGUAGUAUGUGUUGAUGAGCAUACAUUUCCGAAUUUGGAGUCGCCAAUGAUUUGAUCCAACAAACCAAGUUCGUCGGAAGUAAGGGGGUGAACAUUUUUUUUUACCGGAGAUAUGUUUGCAAGACUUUAUGUUGUUUUAUGAGCUUCAAUUAAGGAUAUGGACUAGUGUAUCAAUGAUGGACACGGACCAGUUAGUAAUUUUGGCAUUCAAUGUCUCUUACUUUGAGUAAACUUGAACUUUAUUCAGUCAUAAAUGUGUUGCAUCGAUAAAGUUUUCCCGGCUGGGAACUGAACAUUUCUAUGUUCUUACGGUAACAGUUUAAAAUAUAAAGUGGGACUCUUAUCUACGAAGGAAACCCAUCAUUGAUAGUAUAAGGCGCCAGACGUGAUAACCGGAUAAGAUUUGAACGUGUUUGACACUGCCGUGAAUUAACUUAAGCGAGACUUUGUCACUGAAAUGUGAUAUUCUCUAAUAGUUUUUGUCAUAAGACGAAAACAAAAUGGCAGAUCGGUUUCUGGAGGACCACAACUCAUGCGACGAGUGCGGUGAGAAAUGGCUGAGUACGGUCAAUGAUAGGGAGCCCAAUGCCAGAUACUUCACGAGAAGAAAUCUCUGUUCCAGAUGUGCGCGGGGAAAGUGUGCUAAAACGAUAUUGGAUUCCCCGACGUCUUCUUCGCUUUCAAACAUGAGGUGCUGUGAGCAUCGACAUCGGGAUAUUUUUCUCUAUUGCAUGAAAUGCCGCCAGCCAAUAUGUGAUGUUUGUGUGCUCCUUACCCACUCAGGACACGAAUAUCAGGAUAUUAAUAAAGUGGUGGAAGAAAGGCGUGAAAGCGCCAGAGAAUUACUCGGGAAAAUUCUUGAUAAGGACAAGGAGCUCGUGUUCGAUCGUCGUAAUAUUGAUGAAUGCACUGAGGCUGUCAACGAGCGCUUCAAGAGACUGACAUUCGCAGUGCUUGUCCGCGUUGAGGAUAGGUCAAGAAACAUUGAGGAGGACUACCGCGUUUCUGUAAGAAAGAUCGAAAGUCGCGCAAAAGACGAGAAAUUAAAGAUAGACAGAUGGAAAGACAAUCGCUUGAGAGAGAUGAAAGAGGAAAAAGAUGCGAAGAGCCGAGAAAUCAAGCAAAGACAAAUCACACUCAUGCAUGAGCUCGAUGAAGUGAAGCAGAAGCUGCUGGCUCAGAUCGAAGAGGUUCGAGAAGGUUUGGAUUCAGCCGAUGAGAUUAUAAUGGAAGCGAAAGGACUCGCAGAACGGACACUGGAUUACGGGAGCCAGGAAUUAAUACAAAUGGACGGUCCAAUGACAUCUAACUCCCGUCUUGCUGGAUGUAUGGAGCUGGAGCUCGACCAGGACAUGAUUAAUACAGUCAAAGAUAUCGCAGAGAGCGUGAAGUUUGAACCAGAAAAGAGCGAUGUUGACGAUGUGAACUUACUUGGUCGGUUCGUCACCACUGCCCCUGCCUGGUGCAAGGAGCACACUAUUCAAGUCGGUCUUCCAAAGUUUCGGUUGUUGAAUGCGACCACGGACACAAAUCGCGUGGCUUUUACGGGCGAGAACGACGAUGAUCAGUACGGGCUAUAUACGAUGAAUAUUGAAAAUGGAAGCACGAACCUUGUAACAUCUGAAAGUCAUUGUAUCACAGACUCAUCUUCAAUCGAGGCCGAUUUAAUGGCAGUGUGCCGAAAAGGGCGAACGGCGAUCGAAGUUUGGAAUACGCAACGUGGAAAGGUGAAGCGGCACAUUAAAGUUCCACGAUCGUGGUCUCAUACAUGCCUCACCGUUGACCACGACGGCAUGAUCAUCGCUCGCAAUCACUCCAACACCCAGGGGAAACUUAACGUCUACCGGUCCGACAACGGUGAAAAAGUCCGCUCCAUUCCGUACAAUGGAACAAUUUACAGUCUCCAUGCGUUGUCGAACGGUCGUCUCGUCAUCCAAUCGGCAGCGACUGAGUUGGUUAUUAUAAACAGUAUCGGAGCUACAUGCGCCAACAUCAAUCACGAGGUCUGGCAGUGGGUACGAUGUGCUGUAGCAAGGGAUGACUCCAUCAUUGUCGCAUACGGAAGGAAAGAUGACCCCUCGGCGAUUUACGUUGACUCCUAUUCAUCCAAUGGCGAAUUUCUUGACCAUGUGACGAAACAGCGAUGUUGCCCGUCCCUCGAUCACAUUGCCGUGGUCGUGACGAGAUCGGGGAAGAUCGUGCUCCAGAACGGUGACGAUGUAAUGAUCUAUGAUCGCCUGAUCCCCCUGAUUCCCGUGACUUCGUCCACCAGGACGAUUGACACGGUCUCAAGGUUGUCGACGUCUUCGCCGCCGAGAUCGCCGACUCGCCGAACUAUUUUCAUGUGUAUUCCGACAUGAUAGAACGCAAUGUUUUCUUAAGUUGUUUUCAAUAUGUUUUUGUUUACUUUAAAUUUUGAUACACAGCAUAACCACAAGAAGAUAUUUUCAGUAUUCGAAUGGAUCAAAGUUAAUUUGAAAACUAGAAGAUUCAAAGGCUUUAAAUGUUCCGCAGAUUUGUUGAAAAAAAAUCCUCGGUGAUAUCUAUUUUCUGAAAAGAUUGGAAGUUUGGGACAAAAUAAUUUCGAACCAAGUCAUCACAAUUUAGAUCAAUAAGAUUUAAUAUCUAAUUCUAUGAGAAUAUUUUUUUCUGAUCUAUUUUUUCUUUCAUUCCUUCCCGAUUACAGUCAUCACAAUAUGUUGAUACCAAUGUUUGGAUUUUAGAGAACAAUCAUGGCUAGAAUGUUGACCCGAAUUCAUGAAGGUGAAAACUGCGUGUAAGUUUUCUUGCAUAAAAUAUCUCCUCUAUAUUGGGAACGCAAUACUCAAUACAAGUACAAUACAAUAAAAGUACUUGUAAGGGUUCAACCAGGGAAAAUGUUUAAUAACUAUGAGUUUUGUAAUUCAUAUUCUUCUGCUGCUGUUUUGAGAUUGAUUAAGGUAAAGGUUAACCCUCUUUAAUUGGGGAGGGGAUUUGUUUUUACUCUAUUGCUGAAAGUGCUUUCCACCAAGGUUUUUUUUUUUUUACGUCGAACAUUUCACAUUUGAGCUCUGAAGGUGGAGGGGGUCAAAUUAUUCUCAAAACUACUACGCGAAAAGCCAGUUGAUAUAUGGUUGAUUAAACCAAUAAUAGUGAGAUAAAAUUGUAAAAAAAACAACAAACAAAAAGACAGACAGAGGUGGGACUAGGUAAUAAAACCGAAACUUGCUGGAAGCAAUUCAUACUUGCUUGAUUUCUCGAAUAAAGUUAUGAAGAUUCGACAAACUUUGCUAUUUUUAAAAGAUAGAUUGUUUAUGACAAUAGUAUUUAUAGGCCGCGUGGCUAAAUAUGAAAUAUGUAUUGACAGUUCCAAAAUUUAUAGAAGCCUAAUCAUAUUUAGUAUUAUCAUUAUUAUGUUAUUAUUAUUAUGUGCAAUAAUCAUGUAUGAAACUAAUUCACGAAUUUGUGCACGGGGUAUAGACCUGGGUCCCGUAACACGAAGAUUAGCGAUUGAUCGUACGCAUGAGUUUUACGAUGGAUUGUACAUUGCAGUCAAUGCAAUCUAUCGUAGAGAAAUGUUGUACGAUCAUUGCUAAGCUUUGAGUUACCGGGCCCCAGAUUAGCUUGAUAUUCUUAUUAUAAUUUAUUUCCUGGACGAUUCUUACUGUAUUCAGUAAAUAGUAUUCCUUCUUAAUGUUUAUUCAACUCAUGUUUGUUAUAACUACAGUUUUACUCUGAUUGAUAAGUUAUCAAUUUUAUUAUACAUGCUUACAAAUGGAUUGGAUGAUUUCAUAGCUUUAGUUCAACAAAGCCUAAUCAUUGAGAACACAUGCACAUACAGCCCAUCUGAGCCUCAAUAUCAUAUAAAUGCCAAUAUAUAUUGGCGUUUGAAAUCAAACCACAUAAAAUAAAAGUUUAUGUAUUUUUAACGAAAAAAUACAACUUUUUUCAUUUAUUCAAAUUUCGAUUUCGUAAAAAGAAACAUAUCUUGCAAAACAAUUCUUCCGCUAUGAUAUUUUCAAAGCCCAUUGUGAGAAGUAAAAUAUAUAAAACGUCAGGAUCUUUAAAAUAAUAAUCAACUUUGUACAUGUUUGUUAAUGUAUGUAAGCUUUUCGAAACACUAUAACGAAAAAUAAAUAUUUUCUUAUCUUCCAAAACGUAUUUGGUGAACAUUUCGGUUGAAGAUGAAUCUUGUUUGUCGAUAACUGUCUUGUUCAUGUAUUCAUACUCAAUUGAACUAUGUCACUGCCUAUUUCAUUAUGUAAACAAACAUCUUUCUUUAGUGUAUUCAUGUAUGGUGUCGUAUUUCGACGUAAGUACCAAAAGUGAAAGCAAUAAUUACGAUAAUGAUGAUGAAUCAUAUUUUGAUAAUAUUGUAAAAGCCGUUAUAGAGGGAAAUAUUGACAAUACAAAUUGUCUUAUAUUGAAUAGCAAACUUUGUGACAUUUGUUGCUUUUUAAUAUGAGUGAUCUUCAAAUAUCAGAACUGCUAUGUUAUCGCGUAUAACAGUUGCUAACCAUAUACCUGCUUAGGACGCCUUACAUGUUUCAUUCUAUUUGAUAUGACUUUGUUGAGAUUUCAACAUCAGCUAACUAAGUUAAUGCGACUUCCUCUGUUUCAGAAAGUGAAUAAACAAAUCUUAAAAUGAUUAUUCA